AUGGAUUCUUGUCAAGAAGCAUCGGAAUUAGCUCACAGCCAAACACUCCGCCAACUUUUUAUCAGCAUUGCGGUCAUAUCAGCUUUGGCAGUUAUUGCUGAAUUGUGGGCGAUAAAA